ACGCGGUGAGACCAUCGGGAUUCAGAAUCGACCACAGAUCCGACAGGAAAGACACAGAAGUACCACUUCUAUUUCAGAGACGAUUGAGCGACAAGUUUUAAACAACAGGGAUAGCAACGUUACUAGAAGGCACACAGAGAAAAGCUGAGACAAAAAAAGCAAGGAUAACAGAAAAAAAAGUCUGGAAUAAUAAGAUACCAGGAAUUAUGUCUACAUUUGAAGAGGAUGUCGCCGCUGUUGUCAUUGACAACGGAAGUGGAAUGUGUAAGGCGGGUUUUGCCGGAGAUGAUGCGCCACGUGCAGUUUUCCCCGCCAUUACGGGACGACCUCGUUAUGAUGCGGUUAUGGUUGGUAUGGGCGGCAAAGAGUGUUAUGUCGGAGACGAGGCUCAAAACAAACGUGGGAUUCUGUCUCUAAAUUACCCGGUGGAACACGGUAUCGUCACCAACUGGGACGACAUGGAGAAGAUCUGGCAUCACACCUUCUAUAACGAGCUGCGUGUGGCUCCCGAGGAACACCCAGUCAUGUUGACAGAGGCGCCACUAAAUCCUAAGGCCAACAGAGAAAAAAUGAUACAGAUCAUGUUUGAGACAUUUAACACGCCCGCCUUCUACGUGGCGAUACAGGCUGUGCUGUCUUUGUACGCCUCCGGACGGACCACAGGCAUCGUGUUUGAUGCCGGGGAUGGCGUGUCACACGUUGUACCUAUAUACGAGGGCUACUCCCUCCCUCACGCCAUCAAACGUGUUGACCUGGCAGGUCGUGACCUCACAGCUUACCUCCAAAGGAUCCUCCACGAGAGAGGAUACAACUUCACAACCUCAUCUGAAAUGGAGAUUGUUCGAGAUAUGAAGGAGAAGAUGUCUUACGUCGCUCUCGACUUUGAGAGUGAAAUGACGUCAGCAUCAACGUCUUCUACAGUAGAGAAGUCGUAUGAACUACCGGAUGGUGGAAUUGUCACCAUUGGCAACGAAAGGUUUCGGUGUCCAGAGGUUCUCUUCCAACCAGGGUUAAUAGGAAUGGAAUCCAGUGGAGUUCACGAACAACUACACAACUCAGUCAUGGCUUGUGAUAUCGACACCGCCUUCUACGUGGCGAUACAGGCUGUGCUGUCUUUGUACGCCUCCGGACGGACCACGGGCAUCGUGUUUGAUGCCGGGGAUGGCGUGUCACACGUUGUACCUAUAUACGAGGGCUACUCUCUCCCUCACGCCAUCAAACGUGUUGACCUGGCAGGUCGUGACCUCACAGCUUACCUCCAAAGGAUCCUCCACGAGAGAGGAUACAACUUUACAACCUCAUCUGAAAUGGAGAUUGUUCGAGAUAUGAAGGAGACGAUGUCUUACGUCGCUCUCGACUUUGAGAGUGAGAUGACGUCAGCAUCAACGUCUUCUACAGUAGAGAAAUCGUAUGAACUACCGGAUGGUGGAAUUGUCACCAUUGGCAACGAAAGGUUUCGGUGUCCAGAGGUUCUCUUCCAACCAGGGUUAAUAGGAAUGGAAUCCAGUGGAGUUCACGAACAACUACACAACUCAGUCAUGGCUUUUGGUAUCGACAUCCGACGAGAUCUCUACAGCAAUGUCGUCAUGUCCGGCGGAAGUACUAUGUUUCCAGGUAUGGCUGACCGGUUUAAGAAAGAACUGGAUGGAAUCGUACCAAACAACAUGAAAGUUAAGGUGAUCGCACCUCCGGAGAGAAAGUAUUCCGUGUGGAUCGGUGGAUCUAUCCUGGGAUCUCUAUCUACAUUCCAACAGAUGUGGAUCUCAAAACAGGAAUAUGAUGAAUGUGGACCAGGAAUUGUUCACAGGAAAUGUUUCUAGACUUAACAUGGAAAGAUGCCAUCAAUACUCUUUUAAUAUCUGUGAUAUACUGCAAAUUGGAUAAUGAACGUGAUUCACUGGUAUUAUUCCAUGAUUUAUUGAACAUUGAAUCUGGUGCUAUGUAAACUGACAAUGGAAUCUGCUGCGCGAUAUAUUGGCAUCAGGAUAGGUACAAAAAUGAUUAUUUACAAAUAUUGUGUUGAAUAGAAUCAUCAACAUUUACAUGAUGUGUGUAUAAUUAUCGUUGAAAAACGAAAUUGUGUUGAAACUGUUGCAUCUGUUGUUAAACUAAGCUAUUUCUGAUUGACGUAAGUUGGUUUGUUUAAUAAGGUACAGUUUUGUUUUGUACCGUGUUCAACUCAAGAAAGAGUGAAAAAAUUACGAUGCUUUUUAAAGUUUUAUAUAAGUUCAUUAACGGUGUAUAAAGUUUGCCACAUUUGUAAAAGCUCAUAAUACAUUCAAUUCACGUUAAACGUGUUCACGAGUAUGUUAUGAUAUUAUUUAUAUAUAUGUUUAUGUUAAUGUACAUUAGAUUCCUAGAUUGUGUUGGAUACAUACGAAAGGAUGUACUUUUUACUCGUUUUUUAUUAAAUGUUUCUUUAUAUUUUAUAUUUUGUUGAUAAUAAAAUUAUUACAAAG